AUGUUUUGGGGGAUAGUCGGGAUGGGGGCAAAGAUGUUGGCGAUGGUCGUCCUUUUAUUGGUGUCUGUGGCAUUUUUGACAUUGGCAGAAAGAAAAGUAUUAGGGUAUAUUCAAAGUAGAAAGGGGCCGAAUAUAGAGGGGGUGUGGGGAGUAAUACAACCAUUUGCGGAUGGGUUGAAAUUAUUUACUAAAGAAAUGAUUAUGCCGAAUCAUGCUAAUAUAUUUUUAUAUUGACUGUCUCCAAUUUUUUCCUUGACCUUGGCGUUUAUAGCAUGGGGGGUAAUGCCAUAUAGCAAUGGGAUCGUAUUUAGCGAUUUAGGGCAGGGUUUGUUAUAUAUCUUUGCGGUAUCGUCGAUAAGUGUGUAUGCCGUAUUGAUGUCCGGAUGGGCAAGUAACUCAAGAUAUGGUUUUUUAGGGGCGAUAAGGGCUGCUGCCCAAAUGAUUAGUUAUGAAGUAUCAAUAGGGUUGAUAAUUAUAUCGGUAGUAUUGUGUGUGGGGUCGUUGAAUUUGACCCAAAUCGUGAUGGCCCAGGGUUACAUGUGGUACAUAGCCCCACUAUGGCCAGCUGCAAUGAUGUUCUUUGUUUCCGCCUUGGCCGAAACAAAUCGAGUGCCAUUCGAUUUAACGGAAGGGGAGUCAGAAUUGGUAUCCGGAUUCAAUGUGGAAUACCCAAGUAUGUCCUUCGCGUUGUUCUUUUUAGCAGAAUACGCCAAUAUCAUUUUAAUGUCGGCCUUGAGUGCAGUUUUAUUUUUAGGUGGUGGGUGAUUGGGGGUAAAAACAUCCGUUAUUGUAUAUAUAUUUAUUUGAAUUCGAGCAACCUUCCCGCGAGUCAGGUACGACCAAUUGAUGGCUCUAUUGUGGAAAUCCUACUUGCCCUUGAGUUUGGGGUUCGUGACAUUAGUUUCGGGGACUUUGAUCGGGGUAAACGGGCUGCUACCCUAUUAG